CCUGGCUAGAAAUAAAUAAAUAACUACUCACUUCUCAGCUGAGAAAGAGAAACAAACAUUAAUAAAUAAAUAAAUAUUUAAACAACAAAAGGACCCUGUGGUGUCUCUCGGUGUUGUUCCACUUCUCUCUCUCCCUCAAGCUCUCAGCUUUGGCUUUCUUUAAGGAUUGAAGGAACUCUUUUAUUCUUUUAUUUUUGGUCAAAGCAAGAAAAGUCUUUGGGGGAAAAGAAACUUGGGUUGCUUGUGAAAAUUUAAUCGGGAUUGAGGUUUGAAUUUGGGUUGUUGAGACGGAGUACUUUUGAUUGAGCUCUUGCAAAUGGAUUCACAUUUUAGUGGAUUUUCGGGUUCCAAUAAUGGAGUCCAAUUUGGCAAUCCAUCCUUUUCAGUUCUUUCAAAUGAAAACCUUGUUGCCAGGCCCAGAUUCGAUAAUGCCCUUUUAGAUCACAAUGUUAGGGGAUUUCAUUUCCUUGAAUCCGAUCAGACUCCGAGUCAUAUAGUCCCGACCUCGAGUGUGAACGAAAGGGAAGAUUCCCCUGAGGAUUGUGACUUUUCCGAUGCAGUUUUGAACUACAUAAAUCAAAUUCUUAUGGAAGAAGAUAUGGAGGACAAGACCUGCAUGCUUCAAGAGUCUUUGGAACUUCAAGCUGCUGAGAAAUCCUUCUAUGAUGUUCUUGGGAAGAAGUACCCCCCAUCUCCAGAUCAUAGAUUGACGUAUAUUAAUCAAAAUGAUGGUAGCUCAAAUGAUCAUCACCAUGUAUAUUACACUAAUUAUUAUCCCAGCAGUAGCUUUUUUGGUGAUAAUAGCUUAUUUCAAAGUCAAGGAGAAGAGUAUAUUAUUUCCCAAUUACAAAGUCAUCCGCUUUAUAGAAAUCCUCAGUCAUCUUAUAGCUCUUCAAAUAGUGCGAUCAGUAGUAGUGUGGAUGGCUUGGUAGAUUCUCCUAGUAGUACGCUUCAGGUGCCUGAUUCAAACUUUGAGAGCCAAUCCAUUUGGCAGUUCAGGAAGGGGGUUGAGGAGGCUAACAAGUUUCUUCCCAGUGGCAGUCAAUUGUAUGUUAAUUUGGAGGCAAAUGGGUUGUCAUAUAUGGAGCCCAAGGCCAGGAUUGGCAACUUGGAGGUCAAGGUGGAGGGAAAGGAUGAGGGGGAGUACUCACCUUCUGGGUCAAGGGGAAAGAAGAAUCCUUACAGGGAGGAUGGAGAUAUAGAAGUUGAGAGGAGUAGUAAGCUAGCGGCUGUCUUUACUGAAUCUAUUCUGCGGUCUGAUUUGUUUGAUACAAUUUUGCUUCAUAGUGCUGGGGCUGGUCGUGAGGCCUUGGCAGCUAGACGUGAGGCCUUGCAGAACGUAAAGAGCAAAACGGCGCCGCGGAAUGGAAAAUUAAAGGGAACUAAUAGUGGAAGGGGACGUGCAAAGAGACAAAGUGGAAAGGAAGUGGUGGAUUUGAGGACCCUACUAAUUAAUUGUGCCCAAGCUGUUGCUGCUGACGAUCAGAGGAGUGCAAGUGAAUUGUUAAAGCAGAUCAGGCUGCAUUCUUCUCCCUUUGGGGAUGGAAAUCAGAGAUUGGCUCAUUAUUUUGCUGAUGGCCUGGAGGCACGCAUGGCUGGUACUGGCAGCCAGAUAUAUAGAGGCCUAGCCAGUAAAAAAUUAUCUGCUGCCGACACCUUGAAAGCUCACCAUCUACUCCUUGCUGCAUCUUCAAUUGAGAAGAUGUCUAUUUUUACCUCAAACAGGACAAUAAGGAGUGGGGCAGCAAAGGCAACCAGGGUACAUGUCAUAGAUUUUGGUAUCCUUUAUGGUUUCCAAUGGCCCACCCUUAUUCAGCGGCUCUCAUGGAGAGAUGGUGGGCCACCAAAGCUUCGGAUUACUGGAAUAGAUUUUCCCCAACCUGGCUUUCGGCCAGCUGAGCGAGUUGAGGAAACAGGACGUCGCUUAGCAAAUUAUGCUGAGAGUUUCAAGGUGCCCUUCGAGUACAAUGCCAUAGCAAAGAAAUGGGAAACCAUCCAACUUGAGGAACUUAAAAUUGACAGGGAUGAGUUCCUUGUUGUUAACUGUUUGUAUCGAGCUAAGAACUUGCCUGAUGAAUCCGUUGCAGUUGACAGUUCAAGAAAUAUCUUUCUAAAUUUAAUUAGGAAGAUCAAUCCAGAUAUUUUCAUCCAUGGGGUUGUAAAUGGCGCCUUCAAUGCUCCUUUCUUUGUUACCCGGUUCAGAGAAGCAUUGUUUCACUAUUCUGCACUUUUUGAUAUGCUUGAAACUAUUGUUCCUCGUGAGGAUCAGGAGAGGAUGCUACUUGAGAAAGAGGUGUUUGGCAGGCAGGCUUUGAAUGUUAUAGCAUGUGAAGGCUGGGAGAGAGUGGAGAGGCCAGAGACAUACAAGCAAUGGCAAGUCAGAAACUUAAGAGCUGGGUUUGCUCAGUUACCUUUGGACCGUGAGAUUUUGGAGAGGGCAAUUGAUAAGGUGAGGACAAGCUACCACAAGGAUUUUGUAAUUCAUGAAGAUGGCCGGUGGAUGGUGCAAGGAUGGAAGGGCCGAAUUAUCUAUGCUCUUUCAUGUUGGAAACCUGCUUAGUGAACUUCAAAGGGAUCCUUAUUUACUUGGGGUCUGCCCCUCGUCUCCAUGGCAUUUGAUAAUGAUGAAUGAGGACCAAAGUUAAAUGUGGUCAUACUGAGAGGAGGACAUUGAUAAAGCAGGGAUUUGCGAUUUAAUAGUAGAAGACUAGCAGAUUUAAAUUAUGAGACUUUCUCACCAGAAAUGUUGUAAUAUAACUACUCAUUUUCAGUCUGGCUGAGUUUUUGUAAUAUGCACACAUAGUCAAAUUGAUAUAGAAUGUAAAGCAGGAAAUAUGUGCUAUAACUUGGGCUCGUUUGGUAAUAGUGUUUAAGUAUUGUUGUUUAGUUUUCAAUGUUUUGGAAAUAUGUGUUUGAGUGUUAUAGAAA